ACUUUUACUUAUCUCUAUGGAUGCCAAAAGGUUUGAGACAACCUGCUCGAGAGAUGUAAUCAGCUGGCUCCCUGACGAGGUUCUGGGAAAGAUCUUGUCAUUUCUUCCGACAAAACAGGCCGUUUCAACAUCUCUUCUCUCCAAAAAGUGGAGGUAUAUCUUUCGACUGGUGGAUAAUCUCUAGUUUGAUGAUUCUUUCUCCCUGCUAGCCCAAGAGGCUCAACAACCAAGGUAUCCGGAGGCCUUCGAGAACUUUAUGCGCGCCCACGGUAUUGAUAAACAAACUAGUUAUGUGUUCACGGAGGGAUUCAAGAAUAUGAUUGAUCGAACAUUAGCUUUGCAAUGUGAUUACCCGAUCAAGAAAUUCUCCCUAAAAUGUCACGUUGGCAAGGAUGAUGAGCGUCAGAAAGCUUGUGUGGGCCGCUGGAUAUCCAAUGUGGUAGGGCGCGGUGUUUUGGAAAUGGACUUAAGGAUAAAAGAUCGGGGUAUACACUUCCUGCCCCCUCUGCUCUUCGCAAGCAAAACACUGGUUAAGCUGACAAUAGGGACACAGCUCUAUCUUGGAAAGCUUCCUUCAUAUGUGUCACUUCCAUCUCUCAAGUUUCUCUUCAUCGAUACUGUUUUCUUUGAAUAUGAAGAUUUGUGUUGUGUGCUUCUUGCUGGUUGCCCGGUACUCGAAGAGUUAUCAGUCCAUCACAUUAACUUUUCUGCGACGCCUCACACCAUAUCGAGUCCAACCGUCAAGAGACUAUCCGUUUACUACGAUUCUCCUCUUGAUGUUGAUUGUGCUUGUUAUAUGUCAUUUGACCUGCCAAAGCUUGUCUACCUUGAGUAUUCUCACUGUGCCUUGGGUGAGUAUUUGCAAGUUAAUCUCGAGUCCCUUGUCGAAGCUAAGCUGGACCUUUGGCUGGAAAGAAAGGUCGACAGGCUGGAUGUAACUGAUCUCAUUACAGGGAUAAGCAACGUUCAGACCCUGCAUCUUUCUCCUGGUUCUGUUGACGUGAUUUAUUUACACUGUAAACAUGGGCUGCCAGUGUUCAACAAUCUUGUUAAUUUAUCUGUGGGGAGUAAGAAUAAAAGAGGUUGGAAACUGCUGGCAUAUCUGCUUAAGCAGUCUACGAAGCUUGAAACUCUAAUCGUCAAGGAUCUGAAUGGUUACACUGGGGAUGUCUCAAUGCCUCCGAACAAAGUGAAGGUGUUGCAUAUUCUUGGUUAUCGGGGAACUGCGGAUGAGUUGAAACUGUUGAAGAGUUUUCUCGGGGAAUUCAAGUGUCUCGAACUGGUUCAAGUGGAUGUUGCAAACGCUGCAGAGGAUGAUGGCAUCAUAUUGCAAAUCAAAAGGGAGCUUCUUGGAGUUUCACUUCCAUCCAAGUGCCAGUUCAAAGUCAAUUCAUAACGCUAUCAGUCUCUGUAUCUGUUAUUUCCCUUUGGUGGUCACCAUUACGGGUUUGUAUUUGUCUUUGAAUGUUCUGUCCUUUUUCUCUCUCUCUCUCUCUCUGAAUGAUCCGUAAUUACGCUUAUCAUAUAUGUUCAUGUGGUAUGCUUGCUCAAA